UCGCGAGGCGGCCUUCACCUACGCCCUCCUGAGCGCCGGCGUCGCCUACAGCGUGACGGCGUCCUGCGCUCGCGGCAACAUCUCCACCUGCGGCUGCGACGACCGCAAGCGGGGCCGUUACAGCGCCUCGGGGUGGAAGUGGGGCGGCUGCAGCGCCGAUAUAAAAUACGGAAUAAAAUUCGCGCGCAAGUUCGUGGACGCGCGGGAGGUGGAGGGCGACGCGCGGGCGCUCAUGAACCUGCACAACAACAAGGCCGGACGGAGAGCUGUGAAAAAGAACCUAAGAACCGAGUGCAAGUGCCACGGCGUCUCCGGCUCCUGCACCAUGAAGACCUGCUGGAAGACCCUCCCGGCGUUCAGCUCCAUCGGCAGACAUCUGGUGAAAAAAUAUAACUCGGCAAGGGCUGUGGUGGCGUGCAAGAUGCACAAAAAGUCCUCGCUGUAUCUGGCGCUGCAGAAGAAGAAGAAUCGACGGCCGCGCCCCUCGCACCUCGUGUACCUGGAGAAGAGUCCCAACUACUGCGACUUCAACCCCGCCACCGGGUCCCUGGGCACCGUCUCCAGGCAGUGCAACCGGUCCUCCGCAGGUCCGGACGGCUGCGACCUGAUGUGCUGCGGCCGAGGCUACAACACACACCAAUACACUCACAAGUGGAAAUGCAAUUGCAGAUUCCACUGGUGUUGCUACGUUGAAUGCAACACCUGCCAGGAAGAGACGGAGGGUUACACGUGCAAGUGAAAUGGCAACAGAUUGUGGAACAAAGAAAACGGUUGUGAAAAAGAAAAGAAAACGUAAUUGCACAGAAAACGGAAUAUUAUUUUAUCAUUGUCGCCCCAUCAAAGCUAUAUAUAUCGCGUAAUACAUGUAGACGCGCAUGGAUCAUGUAUAAACAUGUAAAUCUUUACAAAAAAUAUAUAUAUAAAUAUAAUAUUUA